CACCAGAAGGACCAUAGCCGAGGUCCUCCUCCCAGGGCCCGGGGCUGGGGAGCGGAAGCCAUCAGUGGGCUCGGAGGACACUGUCCCAGCCAGGACACGGCCAUCGGUCACUAAUCUGCAGCACUGGAAUGUCCGCGGGCCAAUCAGCGGGGUCUCUGGGGGCUCCCCAAGGGUGCUAAUAAUCCCACAAUGAUUAGCAGGGGCCGCGGGUCAGUGCACGCCACUCUGCCUGCUGUCGGGGGUGGGCUGGCCAGGCCGAGGCCGGAGCAGGCAGGCAUCCCCCGGAGUUGUCUCUUUUCAUGCCAGCGCCAACAGGAGGCUGUUUGGACACACUGAUUACUCACUCACCAGCCUCCCUCUUUUGUCCACCAGCCCGGCCUGACUCCUGGAGAUUGUGAAUAGCUCCAUCCAGCCUGAGAAGCAAGCCGGGUGGCUGAGCCAGGCUGUGCACGGAGCGCCUGACGGGCCCAACAGACCCAUGCUGCAUCCAGAGACCUCCCCUGGCUGGGGGCAUCUCCUGGCUGUGCUCCUGGCCCUCCUUGGCACCACCUGGGCAGAGGUGUGGCCACCUCAGCUGCAGGAGCAGGCUCCGAUGGCCGGAGCCCUGAACAGGAAGGAGAGUUUCUUGCUCCUCUCCCUGCACAACCGCCUGCGCAGCUGGGUCCAGCCCCCUGCGGCUGACAUGCGGAGGCUGGACUGGAGUGACAGCCUGGCCCAACUGGCUCAAGCCAGGGCAGCCCUCUGUGGAACCCCAACCCCAAGCCUGGCGUCCGGCCCGUGGCGCACCCUGCAAGUGGGCUGGAACGUGCAGCUGCUGCCCGCAGGCUUGGCGUCCUUUGUCGAAGUGGUCAGCCUAUGGUUUGCAGAGGGGCAGCGGUACAGCCACACGGCAGGAGAGUGUGCUCACAACGCCACCUGCACCCACUACACGCAGCUCGUGUGGGCCACCUCAAGCCAGCUGGGCUGUGGGCGGCACCUGUGCUCUGCAGGCCAGGCAGCGAUAGAAGCCUUUGUCUGUGCCUACUCCCCCGGAGGCAACUGGGAGGUCAACGGGAAGACAAUCGUCCCCUAUAAGAAGGGUGCCUGGUGUUCGCUCUGCACAGCCAGUGUCUCAGGCUGCUUCAAAGCCUGGGACCAUGCAGGGGGGCUCUGUGAGGUCCCCAGGAAUCCUUGUCGCAUGAGCUGCCAGAACCAUGGACGUCUCAACAUCAGCACCUGCCACUGCCACUGUCCCCCUGGCUACACGGGCAGAUACUGCCAAGUGAGGUGCAGCCUGCAGUGUGUGCACGGCCGGUUCCGGGAGGAGGAGUGCUCGUGCGUCUGUGACAUCGGCUACGGGGGAGCCCAGUGUGCCACCAAGGUGCAUUUUCCCUUCCACACCUGUGACCUGAGGAUCGACGGAGACUGCUUCAUGGUGUCUUCAGAGGCAGACACCUAUUACAGAGCCAGGAUGAAAUGUCAGAGGAAAGGCGGGGUGCUGGCCCAGAUCAAGAGCCAGAAAGUACAGGACAUCCUCGCCUUCUAUCUGGGCCGCCUGGAGACCACCAACGAGGUGAUUGACAGUGACUUCGAGACCACGAACUUCUGGAUCGCCCAGGGCUCACCUACAAGACCGCCAAGGACUCCUUCCGCUGGGCCACAGGGGAGCACCAGGCCUUCACCAGUUUUGGCUUUGGGCAGCCUGACAACCACGGGUUUGGCAACUGCGUGGAGCUGCAGGCUUCAGCUGCCUUCAACUGGAACGACCAGCGCUGCAAAACCCGAAACCGUUACAUCUGCCAGUUUGCCCAGGAGCACAUCUCCCGGUGGGGCCCAGGGUCCUGAGGCCUGACCACAUGGCUCCCUCGCCUGCCCUGGGAGCACCGGCUCUGGUUACCUGUCUGCCCACCUGUCUGGAACAAGGGCCAGGUUAAGACCACAUGCCUCAUGUCCAAAGAGGUCUCAGACCUUGCACAAUGCCAGAAGUUGGGCAGAGAGAGGCAGGGAGGCCAGUGAGGGCCAGGGAGUGAGUGUUAGAAGAAGCUGGGGCCCUUCGCCUGCUUUUGAUUGGGAAGAUGGGCUUCAAUUAGAUGCCGAAGGAGAGGACCCCGCCAGUGGUCCAAAAAGGCUGCUCUCUUCCACCUGGCUCAGACCCUGUGGGGCAGCGGAGCUUCCCUGUGGCAUGAACCCCACAGGGUAUUAAAUUAUGAAUCAGCUGAACCUGUGCAUGCUCAUGUCAAAGGGAAAUUCAGAUGAUCCAGGAUGACCCUGGAGAGACCAGAGGGGGCCUGAGGCUUCACUGCAGCGGCCUCCACCCACCUAUUCCCUUUCCUGGUCACCUUCAUGGUCCAGGACACUCUCUGGAAGUUCUGGGUCUCCCCAAGAAGAGGAAGACCAGACUCUGCCUCAGUGAGGGGCAGUUCUCAUGGCUGGGGCCCAGGCAGGCAGGGUAUUAAUAGAAGUUGCUCUGAAUGUCUGGGAGACGACGCGUGUGUGUUGCCCCCACCGGCGGGGUGUCAUCGCACCAGGGCCAAUGGUAGUCAGAGCCUGUGCAGUCCCGCUCCCUCACCCAGCUCCUCAGACAUCACCCACAAGGGGUUAUCACUAUCCCAGUUUACAGCGGAAGAAAUGAAGGCAGAGAGAUUGAGUAACUUGCAUAAGAUCAUACAGGUGGGAGUCAAACCCAGUGAGUCUGGCUGUCAUUUAUUUAUUUAUUUUUCUUUUCUUUUUUUUUUUUUUUUGAGACGGAGUCUCGCUCUGUCGCCCAGGCUGGAGUGCAGUGGCACGAUCUCGGCUCACUGCAAGCUCCGCCUCCCAGGUUCACGCCAUUCUCCUGCCUCAGCCUCCCGAGUAGCUGGGACUACAGACGCCCGCCACCACGCCCGGCUAAUUUUUUUUUUUUGUAUUUUUAGUAGAGAAGGGGUUUCACCGUGUUACCCAGGAUGGUAUCGAUCUCCCGACCUCGUGAUCCACCCGCCUCGGCCUCCCAAAGUGCUGGGAUUACAGGCGUGAGCCACCGCGCCCGGCCCUAUUUUUUUUUUUUUUGAGACAGAGCCUCGCUUUGUCCUACAGGCUGGAGUGCAGGGGUGCAAUCAGGGUUCACUGCAGCCUCCAACUCCCAGGCUCAAGCGAUCCUCCUGCCUCAGCCUCUCAAGUAGCUGGAACCACAGGUCCGCACCACCACGCCCCGCUAUUUUUUGUGUUUUUUGUAGGGACGGGGUUGCACCAUGUUGCUCAGGCUGGUCUCGAACUCCUGUGCUCAAGCGAUCCGCCAUCCUGGGCCUCCCAAAGUGCUGGGGUUACAGGCAUAUGCGGCCCCGCGCCGGCCCAGUCUUUCCCUCUCCCACUGCUUCCCAGGGCUUCGCCUGUCUAACCGGGCGCGGGCAGUUGUCCUGUGUCCUGGCUCAGCGCGGACCUACGCGGGGUGAUCACACAGAUGCCCCCAGCUCUCUCUACCUCCCGCGAAGGCGCUGAGCCCCCUGAUCCCUGCCCGGGCACUGGCGCAAGGUCGCCUGCGAGCGCCAGGCCUUCCUGCCCGGUGGGAGACGGGAGGGCCCGCUCUCCAGCUCGGUCUGGUUCCCGGGUCAGCCAGCAGCCGCGCCUCUUCUUCCCGGACCCGGGACCCGCCCCUUGGCCGGGCCGCGGCCGCAGCGCCCGGAGGGGCCGCCCUGCGCAUGCCCGCGGGAGGCGGGUGACCCGGGCGCGCGCUGCCCGAGGCCGGGGGGCGGUGGGGACAGCACAGGCGGGGCGGCCGAGCCGAGACCUUCCCACCCCGCCCCACGCCUGGUUGGGGACCUGACGCGCCGUCGUGAGUGGGGCGGGUGCAGGUGUCCCUGGGGGCCGGGGGCAGACACUGGUGCGGGACGACCUGCUCUCGAGGGGGUCCGCAGGCCACACCCAGAGAAACUGGGGCGCCUCCAGUCACCGCCGCGGUCCGCCCUGCCCGAGGCUUUGACCCCCUGAAUCAGCGUCAGGGCAGGGAUCCGCGUGGGGUGGAAGAGGCUGGGAAACUGGGGAGUCCCGGGCCUCCUCUGGAGCCGCCCGCCCUUGGCUGGCUGGUCCUUCUCUUCCGCGGCUCCCGCCGGGCUGGGCCCUGGGCCGCCCUCACUCCCUGCCCUCUGCAGCCUCCCUUGCGUUUGUCAUUCACUCUGCCAGGCUCUCCUGCCUCCGCAUGCCCAACGAUCCGGAGAAAAACACGGACCAUGACAUCAAAAGGCCUUGGCAAAGGAAUCGUGAUUAUUGUGAUACAAGAUUCUGCACCUCAAAGGGGAUCCCUGUAGUGAGUUUUGGAAAACGUACAAAGCCUGACUUACAGUAUGCCUGUUAUCUGUGGCGUUUCAUCUAGGGAACUUACUUUUCCUUGAUAGGGUAAACUAUUCUCAUCCAGAGUAUGUCCCUCAGUCUGUAAAAGUCCAUGGUGCCCUACAUCUAUUAGGGGAGUGAGGAAGGGCAGUGGGCAUUGGAUCUGCUUCUUUGAAAGCCCCCACCUGUGUUUAGCUUCUCUGUUAGAGGCCUUUGAACCAGAGCAACUCCAUCUUGAGUAGGCGCUUGGUAAAAUGAGGCUGAGACCUACUGGGCUGUGUUCCCAGGCGGUUGAGGCAUUCUAAGUCACAGGAUGAGAUGAGGGGUCGGCACAAGCAGUAAAGAAGCCGCGGCCAAAACCCACCAAAACCAAGAUGGUGAUGCGAAUGACCUCUGGUCGUCCUCACUGCUACACUCCCACCAGCGCCAAGACAGCUUACAAAUGCCGUGGCAACACCAGAAUGUUACCCUAUAUGGUCUAAAAAGGGGAGGCAUGAAUAAUCCACCCCUUCUUUAGCAUAUAAUCAAUAAAUAACCAUAAAAAUGAGCAACCAGCAGCCCUCGGGGCUGCUCUAUGGAGUAGCCGUUGUUUUAUUUCUUUACUUUUUUUUUUUGAGAGGGAGUCUUGCUCUUGCUCAGGCUGGAGUGCAGUGGCGUGAUCUCGGCUCACUGCAAUCUCCUUCUCCUGGGUUCAAGCGAUUCUCCUGCCUCAGCUUUCGAGUGGCUGGGACUUCAGGUGCCUACCACCAUGCCGGCUUUUUUUUUUUUGUAAUUUUAAUAGAGACGGGGUUUCACCACGAUGGCCAGGGUGGUCUCGAACUCCUGUCCUCAGAUGAUCUGCCCGCCUUGGCCUCCCAAAGUGCUGGGAUUAUAGGCGUGAGCCACCGUGCCCAGCCCUAUUCCUUUACUUUUUUUUUUGAGGUGGAGUCUCACACCUGGCCUCCAAUAUGUUUAUUCAUAUUGCUGAGGCAGGGGAUUGCUUGAGCCCAAGAGUUUGAGGUUGCAGUGAACCAUGAUCAUAAGCUGUAUUUCAGCGUGAGUGAGAGAUUGAGACCUUGUCUCACAAAAUAAAAGUUAAAAAGUCCUUAUCUGGAGGUGAGAAAGCCAAAUACAAAGGUCUUCUCAGUUGGUUCCCAGUCUUCCCAGUCCAGCAGCCUCAGCAUCACCAGGGAGCUGGUUAGGCAAAUUCUCGGCCGCCCCAACCUACUGAAUUGGAGACCCUGAAGAUGGGGCUAUCUGAAUUUUAACAAGGCCUCCAGGUUUGCAUGCUCAAGAUUGAGAACCACUGGCAAAAGCAAACAAUUUGAAUCUGAAGUCAGCCCACCUGCAUUUGAAUACAGGCCCUGCCGCUUAAUAACUGUGAUUUAGAGCAAGUUAGUUACUUAACAGCUAGGUUGACCAAUUGUCCGAAUUUGCCUGGCACUGUCCUGAUUUCAGCAUUGAAAGUACUACAUUAUCGCUGUGGCUCACGCCUGUAAUCCCAGCUUCUCAAGCUGUCCCUGUGGAAUCCUCCAUAUCGGUACAUUCAUCCCUAUCUAGCAUCCCCUUCCUCCCUCGCCCGUCCUGCACCCUCAGAAUUCAUUCUCAGAUCAGCUUCCCAGAUUUUUGCCAAUAUCAAUUAAAAAAAUUUUUUAGCCAACCAUGUACUGUGAGUAAGCCAAUAUCAAUUAGCAAAAUCUUUAGUUUCUUUUGGUGAUUCAGUAUCUUCCCCUGUGGAGUUUUUUGAUGAUUCAGUACCCUCCUAGAUUUGGCCCCUGGGGCCUGCGGGGAUGUGACUUGUUAUUUAAUUCUGGAGAAAAUGAGGGGUAGGGCUUAUAAGGAGAUUCCUUCGGGGCAGGGUCAUUACAGGGUGUGUUACAUAGGGAAAUGCUAGCUGCUGGCUAGCUCUCGCUCUUGAAAGGCUCUUCCUCCCUCAACUGAAAUGGGGAAGGGGGAACCCUGGCCGACUGAGGUCCUGACAUCUUUAGCACAUGGCUUCUUAGGUCACCCAGGGCAUCCAGGUUACCAGCUUGGGAAACAGGAGAUGUAGGUUGGAGGAAGAGGCUACAGCCCACCCUGGAAAUAACUGCCAUCCGUCCCACCCAUAUGGUUAGGCUUUGUGUCCCCACCCAGAUCUCAUCUCGAAUUACAAUCCCCACGGGUUGAGGGAUGGACCAGGUGAAGGUACUUGCAUCAUGGGGGCAGUUUCCCCCAUGCUGUGCUCGUGACAGUGAGUGAGUUCUCACGAGAUCUGAUGGUUUCAAAGCGUGGCAGUUCCUCUUUCUCGUGCUUAGAUCCUCGUAACUGUCCUGUGGAGAAGGUGUCUGCUUUCCCCUACCUCCAUGGUUGUAAGUUUCCUGAAGCCUCCCCAGCCGUGUGGAACUGUGAGUCAAUUAAACUUCUUUAUAAGUUA